AUGUUCUAUUACCCCAAGAGGCACGUGAUAGCAGGGGACUACAUUCAUGACAAGUGGGACCCCGAUCGCAUCGCCUAUCUGCUCUCACCCAUCUCCAUGAUCUCUCUGCUCCCCUGCGUCCUCCAUCCAACCCCUCCAGGCAACAUGUUCUACUAUCCUAAGAGGCACGUGAUAGCAGGGGACUACAUUCACGACAAGUGGGAUCCUGACCGCAUCGCAUACCUGCUCUCGCUGCUCUCACCACACACCGUGCGGCUGGAUCUACUCACCCACUCCUUCGACCACACCAGAGAAGGCAUUCUCAAGGAGCCAUGGUUCGAUGUGCCCUACACCACAACCCUGAUCCCCUCAACCCUACUCGACCAAUGGGCGAGCGACACGUGGCUGCACCCCGACCUGCGCAUGCCUCCCCCCAACGAUGCACCCAGCGCGGUCAACGGGACCACUCCUAGUGUGCCGCGGGUGGUGAGGGAGGAGGCGGGGCGGUGCGUGGUGUGGCACAAGCAGGACGAUGUGUUCCGCUCGCCGCGCCUCAACGCCCACUUCGCCCUCUCCUCCCCCCACGCCUGCGACUCUCCCCGCUCUGCUGCCCUGACCGAACUGGCUGUGAAGCUUAUAGAAGACUCCCUGAACGAGACCCUCUACCUGGCGAGUGUGGCCAAGCUAGACACGCACAUGGCCGUGCAGGGCUUUAAGAUCGAGAUCCGCAUCACGGGCUUCAGCCACAAGCUGCCGACGCUCGCCGCGCGCAUCUUCCGCCACAUCAGCACGUUCCGCGCGCCGGCCGACCGCUUCAGCGCGCUCAAGGAGGAGCGGAGCCGCGCGUACCGCAACGCGCUCUUAAAGCCCCUCAAGCACUCCGCCUACCUGCGCCUGCUGCUGCUGCGCACCCCCGCCUGGACCAUCCCCGAUAAGCUCUCGGCGCUCGCCGCAUGCGAUGUAGAUGAUCUGAACGCCUUUCUGCAGACUCUCCUCUCCCGGACAUACAUAGAAAUGCUCAUUCACGGCAAUGCAACAGAAGCCGACGCUUUAGCUCUCGCCACUGCUGUCACAGAUACCCUCCCGGCGCCCUCGCCUCCGCUGCUGGACCUCCCUUCAGAGCGCUGCCUGCAGCUGCCACGUGGCAAGUCCCUGUUGGUCGAGAGCCCUGUGGGGAACCCAGCAGAGGAGAACUCUGCAGUGGAGGUGUACUACCAGGCCUGCCAGGACCAGGGCCGGGCGUCCAUCCGAGACCGAGCACUCGUGGGCCUCCUUGAGCAGGUCAUGUCAGAGCCAUUGUUCGACACGCUAAGGACCAAGGAGCAGCUGGGGUACCGCGUGGACUGUGGCACCCGCCUCACCCACGGCGUCUUUGGCUUCUGCAUCCGCGUGCAAUCCGCUGAUUAUGGCCCGGAAUACCUACAGCAGCGAGUUGAUACCUUCCUCAGGAGCUUCCGAGAUAACCUGAGUGCUUUGCCCGAGGCGGAUUAUAGGGCGCACAGGGCGGCGCUGCAGGUGCUGAAGAUGCGUAAGGACCACACUUUGGGGGAUGAGACGCACCGCUACUGGGAGCAGAUCUGGGAGGGCAGUUCUCUCUUUAACUCGCGCCAGCUGGAGGCUGUGGCACUUUGCAACAUCACCCUCGCUGAGCUGUGCGCGUGGUUCGACUGCCACAUCAGCAUGACAGCUGGCGCCGACAGCGACGGGGGGGACGGUGCUGACAAGGACAGCAUUAUGGUUGAGAAUGGAGAGGCUGGUGCAGGGGAGGUUUAUAAGGGGGAUGGCAAUGGGGAGGGCGGAGGGAAGGUGCUUGCGCGGCGUGUGCUGGUGCACGUGUGGGGAGCAGGGAAGUGGAAGGAGAGGAGUGAGGGGAGCGGUGGGGAGGCAGGGGAAGAGGCAGCUGGAAAGGUUGGAAAGGCCGGGAAGAAUGGGAAGGAUGGGAGGGAUGGUGGUAAGGGUGGUGGUACGGAUGGUGGUACGGAUGGUGGUACGGAUGGUGGUACGGGUGGUGGUACGGAUGGUGGUACGGAUGGUGGUACGGGUGGUGGUACGGGUGGUGGUAAGGGUGGGGAAUGGAGGGAAGGGCAGGUGGUGGUUGAGGUGAAGGACAUUGAGAAGGAGAAAGCGUCUCUUGAGCUGUUUCCCGUGCUUAAACCCGUGGUGGUGGCGGCAUGA